AUGAAAUUCAUUUUGAUCCUAUUUAAGCUAAUAUUUCUUUUACAAAAUCUAAAAAAGCAUGAAAAAGUUUUUUUGGUGAUGUGUACUUCAGAUUACAUUGUUAAAGAGGUAUCAUGUUGCCCAAAUAGAAACAACAAAACAUUAAAUUUUCUAAAGGUUGGUAAUAAUAACUAUACAGAUUUUUUUAAAUUAUACAUGACUAAAAAAUUCAAGUAUAAGUAUAAAAAUUUCGUAGAAAAGAGGAUAAAAAAAGGGAGAAUCAGGAAUGAAAUUAAUCAAAAGUUGAAAAAAAAAAAUAGUGCUUAUAUAGUAAUAACUGAAAAGCUAAGCAAAUUAGAUCCAGAUCAAAAGUAUUUUAAAUAUGAUAAAAAUAUUUUAAAAGAAUAUGAAAAUAUAAAAGAUAUUUAUAAAAAUAAAAAGUUAGGAAGAAAAUUCAAUCAAUAUGAUUACUGGUAUUCAUCUAGAAAAAAAGAAGCGAAAUAUAAUUAUAGUAGACAUGUAAAUUUUACUAUAACUGAAAACAAGUUUAAUUUUAAAAAUGUAUUUUCUUAUUUUCACAUAUUAGAAAUAGUUCAUGAAAAAUUUAAAAACAAUUCUUUUUAUAUUAAUGGUCUUCAAUCGUUUAUAAAUAAAUAUUAUGACCCUGUUACGCAGAAACGAAUUAAAUAUUAUGAUAAAAUAAAAGAACAAAUUGAAUUGAAAAAGAAAAAUGGUGCAGUGAUAACUAAACAAAAUGACAAAAAGCAAAAGGAGGAUGAAUGUAAGGCUAUAAAUAAACGCGAAAAUGUAAAUAUCCUAUCUGUUCUGGAGAGCUUAGAAAAUACAAAAGAGAAACAGGAAAAUAGUAACGAGAAAGAAGAAAGCGGUGAAGAAAAACAAGUAAACAAAUAUGCAAUUACAUCAAAAAAGGAAUUUUUCGAAAUGAUCAAAAAGAAUUUAAGUGAAUUUGAAUAUUCCAAUGAUGUAGAUGAUGAUGGAUCAUUUAAGCUUUUUGGUUCAUCUACAAGUUGUAUUUUAAAGAAAAAUGGUCCUAUAGCAUAUGAUAUUAAAAAUCCAUUUAUGAAAUCAAAAUUAUCUUCAAAAAGAAGAAGAUUCAAAGAAAGAAAACUAUUCGAUAUAAUUAAUUUUAAAUGUAAAAAUAGAAGAGAACGAUUGAUGCAAAACGCAGUCAGAAAGUUGUCAAGGAGAAAGUUAAAAGAUGAAAAGUAUAUUUUAGAUCCAAUGGAAGCUAUGUAA